UGUCAACAGCAACAAGCGUAUAUUGGUAUGCUUGAUUUCAAUAGCCUUUGACUAUCAACGUUCCCACGUUCUCGCUGUUGUUUGAUGGCCUUGAAGGAUAUGGGAACAUGAAGCUCUGAGAAUCGUGGCAUACAACCUUGAAUCGCCGUUACAACACAUCUUCCGAGCCAUCGUGGCAAUUCAACACAUACUGCGGAUCUUCCAGCCCCAGCACAGCGUCACUAUUCCCAGACUGAUGAAGUGCCCUCGCCACCACCAGAAAGCGGUCUUUUUGCGGAUGUUUUUGCAGAUUGCGAAGUGCGCGCCUGAUCACCAUACCCGUUCUAACCUCGCCAAAAUCCAAUCCCAUCGCACGUACAACUCUAAAUGUUCGUUGUGGAUGGUGCUCGAAGCACUUCCAGAGAGCAAGCAGACGACGGUCGUUCCAGUCGUUUACAAGAUCGCGGACCAGGGCAUGCUCGCGGGCAGGCUGAUCUAGGUCUUGGUAGUGGUUUUCGAGGUCACUCGUGAUGGUUUCAAUAUUCUUUUGGGGAGAUUUCUUGGUCUUGUUGUUGUUCUUCGGCUGCGUGGUGAAGGCAUAUAUAUCUUUGGCAGAGCGGUAUUGCGACAUCUUUAGCCGUGGGGUAGUCGCCAGUAAUGGCAUUGAAGACGUGUUGUGGUUUGCGCCAUGGUGGCACCAAAAAUAACGCAUCAGAAGUAUCUUUUAUAGCGGUAGGCAAGGGGCUUAUGGAUGGAAGAUGCUGUAUCACGAGGAGCUUCGUGUGCCAUACCUCGCAUGGGACGCUCCAUUUAUAACAUAUUAAUAGGCCCUCGCACUGUGUCACAUGUUUUAGAUGAAGCGUGCGAUAUGAAUGUCGCACGCCAACCUGUGGAAUUCAUUCAUCGAUCUAUCUUGUUUUCGUGGCAGUGAUCCGGUCAAGAAGAUGAUAUGUACGAAGCGCC